AACUGUAGGCUGGCCCAUUGGGGGUCUGUGAGAGUCCUUGGGUCUCUCAAGCCAGAAACCUGAGGGACCUGCUUCUCUCCCCUCAGUCCAUGGCUAGCUGCUGUGUCAUGCCCUGCCUGGACCAUAGGGUCAGUCACCUUGCUCCUCCAGUCACCUCAUUGAGACUCCGACCUCUGUUACAGCCAGAGGACCCUUGUGAGUACAACUCAGAAGGAAUCUCCCCCCUACUCAAACCUCCCAGGGCUCCUCACUGCAGGCCUCACCCCUCUGCAGCCUGGGUGCCUCCUCCUCCCUUCCAACAUCCCCUGAGAUGGUGGCCAUACUUGUCCCCAGAGCACCUCCAUGUGAUCCCUUCACCUCUCCAGCCUUUUGUCCAUGCCCGACCCUCUUCCUGGAGUGUUUCCCACCACCUUUGCUGCUGCUAAGCUCUACCCACUCUGCUCCCAAGCUCCCUCCCAGCCGCUGGACAGUUGCUCUUUUCCUCAGUGCUCCGAGUUCCCCCAGCCCUGAGUGUGUGUAUGUCUCAGGUGGGGGAACCAAACCUUGGGAAACAGACAGGAGGGGCCUCCGUGAGACACAGAGGUGAGCUGGCCAGGAACACACAGUCCUGGAGAAAAGGAGUUGGGGUGGGCCUCUCUCCACUCCAGCCACAGGCUCCUCAGUAACACACAGAUCUUAUUGGCCCUGCUCAAAGCCCUGGCUCCCUAGUGUCCUCCAGCCCAGAGUCCAAGUUCCCUGCUGCUCCAGUCAAGGCCUCUGCCCAGCCCUCUGGCCUCCCUCCGCCUGGCCUUGACUCCGUGUGUCCCCUGGUCUUCUGCUCUGGGCCUCCAAGGUUAUGCUCUCUCAGUCUCCAUCCUCCCUCCACCUGGCAAACACCUCUCACCAUCCCUGCCUUGAGAGCUGGGGACUCCCUCUGGGCAGACCCUCUGGGCCUACUGCAAAGUGGUCACUCAGAUGUGUCUGAUGUCCCAAACCAGCUCUGACUGGGAAGAGCAGGAGGAUUCCCCAGAGGAGGGAGCCAGGUAGGCCUGGGGGGAGGAGGGGGGAGAUGGUGGUAGGAGAACUUGGAGCCACGGGCUGCCUCUCUGAGGCUGAUCAGGGAAGGUCACCAGAGGUCUUAUGUCCUGACUGCAGGGGCUUAUAGUGGCUGUGGCCUGUCCCCAGCCUUGUCCCUGCCUGGGGCCCACACAGCUGGCGUCUGGGGGCGAUGGUUGAGUGGUCAAAUGGAGGAACCACAGGCAGAAAGAGAAAGAGGUCUGGGGCCUGGCUGAGAGUGGAGAGUGGUCCCACCCCAGCGGUCUCCCCCGCAGGCGGGGCAGGGCAGAGUGCGGGGCCCCUCCCAGUUUCCUCCCCAGGGGCAGCCGAGCGGGAGCCCGACUCAGUGCUCAGUCCCCUGCGAAGUGUGGCGGCAUCAGCACCAUGCAGCGAGGGGCCAGGAGGCCGAGGGCCCGGGACGCGCCGGUCCCUACUCCCUGCUACCCAGCCCAGUGCUUCGACCCACUGCUCCGCCUCUGUGUGGCCUGCGAGCUUUUCCGCACGCCUGAGGCCAGACCUGCCUCGCCUCCCUCCGCCUGGCCCCGUGCCCGCGUGUCCCUCCCCGCGGCCUCCCGCCCUCUCUCCCAGUCACCCCCGCCCGCAGCGGGCUCGAGCAGCGUGGGCCCCGGGACGGCGCUGCAGCCGCAGGAGUCGGUGGGCGCGGGCGGCCCCGAGGCGGCGUUGUCCCUGUCCGGGCUGCUCCUCGGCGCUCCCGCGCUGCUGGGCCUGGCGCUGGCGCUGGCGCUGGCCCUGGUGGGCCUGGUGAGCUGGAGGUACCGGCGGCUUCGAGGGGCCGCCUCCCCGGAGGCUCCAGAUGGAGGCCAGAACGAGCCCCUGGACAAUGUCAUCAUCCUGUCCCCGACCCCAGAGCCCCUGGACAAUGUCAUCAUCCUGUCCCCAGGAACCAUUGAUGCCACAGCUCCUGUCUGGCCUCCGCCCAUGGAAGAAGACCCAGGCACCACCCCACCUGGCCACAGCGUACCCGUGCCAGCCACAGAGCUGGGCUCCACUGAGCUGGUGACCACCAAGACUGCUGGACUUGAGCAACAAUAGCAAUGGAGAGGGCAGGGGAUUGUCCCUGCCCUCCUCUGGACCCCCAGCUAGGAGCUUGGAAGUUGAAUUUGGCUCUUCACUCCGGCACCCACCUGUGAUUUCCUGGGACCCAUAAAUUCUGCAGAACCACAGACCACAUACAGCAUUCAGCCCACAUGGAGUUGCUUGGUGUGCUAGUUUUUGGUUUAAGAUCAUACCAUCUUUGAUAGCCCUGUAUCUGAGCUUCUGUGGUUUUGAAUGGUCGGGGCACUGUAAGCUUUUUAUUUUAAAGUGGGGAAGGUGCCAUUAAACCAAAAUUAAUCUGGAAAAAAAAAAAAAAAAGAUCAAGUGGAGGCUGGGCACGGUGGCUCACACUAUAAUUAAAGCACUAUGGGAGGCCGAGGUGGGUAGAUGGCUUGAGCUCAGGAGUUAGAGACCAGCCUGAGUAAGAGCCUCUACUAAAAAUAGAAAAAAUUAGCAGGGCAUUGUGAUGGGCCCCUGUAGUCCCAGCUACUUUGGAGGAUGAGCCAAGAGGAUCACUUGAGCCCAAAGUUUCAGGUUGUUGUGAGCUAGACUACCCAGGGUGAGAGAGACUCUGUAUCCAAAAAAAGAAAAAAAAAUCAAGUGGGAGGAUGCUUAAUUUGUAGCUGGGUGUUAUAGUUCUUUAAUACUUGCUUUCAGAGCUGUCCUGCUUUUAAAUCCAUGCCAAUGGCAGCAAUGAGAAACCAAUUCAUGGGUUUGCUUGGUUUGGAAUUUAGUACUAAUACAAGAUUAUUUUAAGAAAUAAUCAAAGGUAAGAAAAGAUUGUGUUGGAUUGUACUGAUUCUUAGGGAUCCGUAUCGCAGGGACAACCCUAAGACUGGCCCAGUGUGCUAGGAUUUAAGGUGCUAUUUGACCUCAGUGGCUGCCUCCAGAGCCACCAGUCUGCCCUUGGGAGGGAGUCUACAGCCUCUGAACUCCAAACUCAAGCUGAACAAACACACUGGCAGGCAGCUCUCUCAGGGACUACGCAGGGUCUCAGCUGCUUCCAAGGCACAGCACGCUCAGCCAUACACAGGUUAGGGCUGGGAUCUAUAGGAGGCUCCUUCGUACAGAGGCCAGGGCAGUCUUGUGGCCUUGAAUAAGAAGGAUCUGAGGUCCCUUGAAUUCCCUUCUCUCUAUGGCCAGUCCUCCUGAAAUACUGGACUCCAAAUGCUGGGCUCAAUUAGCCAUUCUGUGCUAGCCCCUAGGGUUACCCUCCAUCCCAGUGGAAGCUGCUCCUCUCACAGUGGUGCUCCUUGCUUUGGGGUCUGUGGCCAAGACUGUCUAUUCCCAGUCCAGGACCACACUGUGCACUCAGCAGUCAUUGCCUCUUGCCUGCCCUCCCUCACAGAGUCAAAAGCUCCUGACCUGGACUCGGCCUGGACAGCUUCCUUGGAACUUAUCAUGUAUUAACGCCUUUGGAAGGCCCAUUGGACUAGGAGUCAGAAGAUGGGGUUCUGGGGACUGUUUUUCCCAUGUUGGGCCUUGGCUGCUUUCUGUUCCAUACAUCAGAUGUUUCUGCCUGCCUCUCCAUGGACUGCCACCAGCACUGCCCCACAGACCCCCACCCUUUCUGCCUACAUCUUUCCCAGUUCAAAAUACAGUGGUCAGUGGUACUGGUGUCCCUAGGACAUGGACACUCACAUCCAGGUCUCUACCUAGUUACUCACUCCUUGAACCCAUCUCAGAUGUCCCAACCCCCAGUGAGCUAGGUGACUGGGGUGAGGUCAGGUGACAAGCUAUAGGCAGGGGUGAGGGCAGACCCAAAUGGGCCCAGCCAUCUCCUCCUCUUUCCAUUGAAGUUGGAGAAAUCUGAGCUGUUUCCAGCCACCCUACCUUUUCCACUACAGCCCGGGGAUGAGCCUUAAAGGUAAUAAGGGUGGGUAAAACCCCUCUGGGCCCUGUCAUGCAAACCUUUGGCACCUCUUUGUCCCAGCCAGCCUCUGGCUGGUUUUCAGUUUCCCCUCUAAUCUCAGUUUCUUCUGAAAAAUAAAGGGGUUGGAUGCCCCAGAGAAGGACUGGAAGAAACCUUAGAGAAUUCUCACACAUACACACAUUUCACAGAUGAAGAAACAGGCUCUGAGCAGGAGAGGACUUGGUGUCAUUUUCAACUAGCAAAUAGCAGAUGGGAAGUUUCUUGGGGAAGACCCAGAACAGACGAAUGGAGGGUAGACAAUGACAGGGUAUAGUGUCUCCCUUCCCCCUGGAGCAGGGCCCCUGAGGCCAAAGUCAUAAAGAUCAGUGUUCUAUCCUCUGUCCUAGGUGUUACUUUCCAAGGAGCCUUCACCUUCCAUACCUCAUUGAUCUUCAUAACAUCGCCUUGAGGGGGGAGUGUUUGUGUUUGCUUAAAAAAAUUUAUUGAAAGAAUAAUCAAAUAGGGCAGCUCCUGUGGCUCAGUGGGUAGGGCACCGGCCCCUUAUACCAAGGGUGGUGGGUUAGAACCCAGUCCAAGCCAAACUGCAACAAAAAAGAGCUGGGCGUUGUGGCAGGCACCUGUAGUCCCAGCUACUCGGGAGGCUGAGGCAAGAGAAUCGCCUAAGCCCAGGAGUUGGAGGUUGCUGUGAGCUGUGAGCUGUGAUGCCACAGCACUCUACCAAGGGCGAUAAAGUGAGACUGUGUCUCAAAAAAAAAAAAAAAAGAAGAAGAAUCAAUUGGCUUAGGUACCAUGGUUUGUGCCUAUAAUCCUAGCACCCUAGGAGGAAGAGGCAGGAGAAUGUCUUGAGCUCAGGGGUUCAAGACCAGCCUGAUGGCUUGGUGCCCAUGCUCAGUGGUUAGGGUGGAGUUGGCAGGUUCAAACCUGGCCUGGUCCUGCUAAACAACAAUGACA